AUGGCGUGCACCGGUCUUCCACGUGUGUGCCGCGGUGCGCUGGCGGCCGUGGCCCUCUGGAGUCUGCCCUGUCGUCGAGUGGCCUGGUCAGCACCAGUGGUGCACUUCGGCUCGCGCCUGGUGGGCCCAAAGCAGGUCCCGGAGGGGCUGAGAUAUUGCACCGACUUCAUCACCACCGAAGAGGAGGCCGAAGUCCUACGCAUCGUCGACGGACCAGGCGCCGCGUGGAUGCGGAAGAUACGCCGAGCGCAGCAGUUCUUCGGCGUGGUCUACUAUCAGACCACUCAAGAGGUGCCUGAGCUGCAGCCGACCAGUUCCAAAGGCAGUCAAGGACGUCCUCUGACGGAUUUGCCGGAAUGGCUCCUGGCGCGGGUGAGGUCCACCGGUCUUUUUGAUGCAGGCCCCGGCAUUAAUCAAGUCCUGGCCAACGAGUAUUUGGAAGAUAGCGGCAUUGGCAGCCACGUCGAGGACCCGGCCGCCGGGCCAACCGUGGUGACGCUUUCGCUGCUGCAGCCGGUGGAGCUCACCCUGCAACGCGCCGAAGAUGGGAAGCCACGGCCUCGGGACCAGCGAGAUCCCGAGGAUUUCAUCAAGGUUCUGCUGGAACCUUUGAGUCUGCUGGUUCUCGAGGGCCCCAGCCGCUACAACUUCACGCAUGCCAUUCGCCAAUCGAAGCGAGUGCCUUUGCGCGAUGGCGGAGUGCUGCGGCGGGAGAAGAGCUUCCGUCGGGUGUCCUUGACCUUCCGAGGCAUCCUGGAACGCCAACGCAGCGCCAUUCGUAGCGACCUCCCCGAGGGUUACAGGACCUAUUCCGUGCCGCAGCCGGAGCUCGCGCAACAAAAAAAAGAAGAGCGGAGGGACUUUGAUCUGCCCAACGGCCGUGGGUGGAGAGCAACACCCGGAUAUUUGGACAUUGACACGGGUGUGCCCGGGUCAGCCCGUCCGCCCUUCCUCAACAUCCUCGGCUUUGCCAGCGACAUGAAGUCGGAAGUUGAGGAUAUGGGCUUCGUAGAGCCCAGUUCCACCGGAGAGGGGCCGGAAGUGAACAAGCUCCUUUGCCGAAUCUGUCUCUUGGAAGGUCCCGGAGAGGACGAUCCCUUGAUCGCGCCAUGCCAAUGCAAAGGUUCGAUCGAGUACGUGCACUUGGGAUGCCUCCGUCAUUGGAUCCGGGGCCGCCUCAACCUCGCGGAUCGUCCCUUGGGCUCCUACUUCUAUAGGUUGCGCCUCCAGAUGCUCACGGCCACUCGACCUUACGAUCUUUGGACCUCCAUGAGGUGUAUGGCCAUCCUGAGCGCCUUCGGACUCGCUGCUGCAGUCUGCUACCCGUUGCUUUGGCUGGGGAUGCUGGCGGUGUGCUUCACCAAGAACAGCCAGCUUUAUGCGGCGCCCUUGGUGGUCUUGGCGGUCUUGGGCACCGUCUAUGGCUGUGGGCUCUUGUCCAUCUAUGUGGUGCACGCACACCUCGGGGUGCCCUUCUCCGACUUGGCCACAGCCCUGGGCGUCCUGAUCGCCUGCGUCAUUGCGGUGACCAUAGCCCAGCGACAGCUGGAAGAGGUGCGAAGCGUGCGAAGCAAGCAGGAUGCCUUGCUUCAUGGAAGCCGUUCAAGUCGUUUGCUUGCGCAAUGGAAGCAUACAGUGACGCCGAUCCUUAUCCUGUCUUGUCUCUUGCAGUUUCGAUGGCCAACUGCCCUUCUUUAUGCCACUGCUGUGGUCUUGGUCCAGAAGCUCUUCCGGCUUGGUCUCUUAAAGCUCUGCUGGGCAGGUUGCCCCCGAGCGGACCAGCCCAUGCGCGUGCUGCUGUCGGGAGAUUCGUUCCCACCGAAGUUGGAUGGUGUCCAGAACUUUGCGCGAAACACCAUCCAGGCCUUGGUUCGUGACGGACACCAGGUGCACGUCUUCUGCAGCAACGGCACGAGCACGACGCAUUUGGCUCCCGAAAGCUUCGGCGCUACCGUGACGCGGGGGCCCGGGGUGGAAGUGCAGCCGAAGCACAAGAUCACCUUGCCCUCGCCGCACUUCGUGCUCUCCUUGAUGCGCUUUCGCCCUCAUGUGAUCCAGUUCUUUGAUUUUACACCGUGUGCCUUCUUUGUGGUGCCCUUCCUCUGGUGGCUGGGCAUCCCGUUGAUCAUCUCUCACCAUUCACGGAUCGACUUGUACGCCACCUAUGUCCCUGGCUUCAUCGGUGACUACGCGCCACAAGUGAUCCGAGCGGUUUGCGAGGUGAUGUUCCCCUUGGUGACGGGGCAUCUGUUGAUCGACGGCUCUCAGAAGGACCAAUCCUGGUUCCAGGGACAUCCCAAUCUGCGCUUCUGGUCCACAGGAUGCGAUUUGAACUUCUUCCAUCCCUCGAAAGCGAAGCCAACCAGCCGUGAGCUUUGCAGCAACCACCGGCCUGAUCUGCCUCUGGUAGUCUUUGUGGGAAGGCUUUCACCAGAGAAGCAGGUGGACAAGUUGGUGGAUUUGGUGAAAGUCACCAAUCCACCCGGCGAACGGGAGCUCUGCCGCUUCGCCAUCAUCGGAAACGGGGAUAGCUGGGAAUCGAUCCAUGCGGAGAUCGGCGAGCGGCCGGAUGUCUACAUGCCCGGCGCAGUGGUAGGGGAGGAGCUGGCGAGCGCGGUGGCCUCGGCAGACAUCUUCUUCUCGCCCACGGUCACUGGGACGUUGGACUUGGUCUUCAUCGAGUCGCAGGCGGCGGGCUUGGCAGUGGUCGGCCCCCGCGCGGUGGCGGUGCCCUUGGUCGUCGCUGAUGGGGAGAACGGCCGCUUGUACGAUCCUCUGGACAUGGAGGAUGCCAAGAGAGCCAUCAAAGACAUCAUUGAUGGGAAGAGUCUGGAGCAGAUGAAGGUCGCUGCCCGGGCCAAUGCUGCGAAGAACUUCACUUGGUCCAAGUGCAGCGAAGAAGCGAUUCAGUUUUACAAGGACGUGCUGCAGCCUUUGACGUGUGAGCUUUGCAAAUCUAUCUACCCGACCUAUAUCCACACCAACAGCGGACAUGAGCGGUCUCCGCUGGUUGAAGUUCCAAACACUACACCACCCUUCAUCGUUCUGGAGAACAUGGUCCGGGAUUCUCAGCAGCACACCUCCCGGGGACUCCACGUCAUCUCUCUGGCCGAGAAGGAGCUGAAGCUGGGCCGCGGCCACGAGAGCGACGUCCGCAUCGCCGACGUCUCGAUCUCCCGUUGCCAUGCCACGAUCCGCUUCAGUAAGGGCCAGUUUUUGCUACAGGACAACAGUUCCAAGUUCGGCACACUGGUGGCGAUGAAGAAACCCAAGGUUCUGGAACCAGGUGUGAACAUUUCGAUUCAGAUGGGCCGCACGGUGUUGACCUUGUGCGCACAGUCCGAUCCCAACCAAUCCACCGCGGCGAACGCCCUGAAUGCGCUGCCUGCUGGUGGAAGUGCGCAGGACGAGCGAGCCUUGCGCUUGUCCCUCUUGACCCGGGGGCAGAGCGAAGGACAAGCUAAGGAAGAGGAAGAAGCUGGUUGA